GCAACACCGAAACACCAACCGCAGCAAGGAGAAGGACCGUCACAACAACCCUUCUCUUCGAUUGCAAUCUCCCAGAGACAACAGACCAGAGACGAUACUAGAACAUUGGACAAUCAUCAGAGCCUCCACUUGCAAUAGACUACUCGAGUAGAUAGCUAGAGAGAGAGAAGACAGAGAGAGAGAGAAGCAGAAACAAGUGAUUGAAUUCCUCAAUUCUCGACUGAGCUGACUGUGCAAAGAAGCAAGAAAGCCCCGAGUGGUCCACUAGGCUGUGUUUGAGGAAGUGUUAGAAUGAGAGCUGUGGAUCUGUGCUAGGUACAGUACUGCACAGACAACAACAAAAGACAACAAUUUACUCAAGCUACUGAUACUAGCUAGCUCGUAGUAGAAACGCCAAAAGAUGCCGCCAAGCCCGUCGUGGCCUCCUGGCACGUAUGUGUGCUACCAGACAUGUGUCAAGCCGCAGUAUUCGCUACGACGUCAACUGCUCCUCAGUUUUGGUGCCACGGGAGUGAUCACGACGUCCUUGGUGAUUUUGAUGGCCUGUUUGUGCGUGCUUUCCACGGGACGAGUGGUACAAGAAAAUGCGCGCGCUUUCAUCAGUCGAGAAGUCAUUUCCAGUAUUUCCAAUUCUUCCCAAUAUGCUGCCGAGAGUUUCUCUCAAGAACUCGAUCACUUGCGAGGCACCGUUUCUCUUAUUGUGGAAAUUGUACGAGACAGAAUUGUGGGAUAUCCCAACGAUGGAUGGGAAAACGAUACGCACGUUCCAUUUCGAAAUUUACAAGGACAGCAAAAGUACCCUCUCAAAUCACCACUCUUACCAAGAGAUUGGAUGGUCACUCCCAAUAUCCACUGGAACAAUUACCAAGAGCAUGUGCAGGAACUAUUUGAUCUUCUCCAGAAACAACACAUGGCUCCUUCCCAUGGAAAACCCAUGCUCAGCACUGAAUCCGCUGCCUUUGUCUUUCCAGGAAACUGUGAUCCCACUGUCACUGACACCAACCAUCCGGCCUACUAUCCCAAUUGUACACAAGCCAACAACAAUGCACAGACAGGAGGCGUCGUCAAACCCACUCGUACAUUGAAAGGACUCGAACAACCUGCCGCCGAUAUCGGUGUCCUCCUCAAACCCAUUUGGGAAUCGAGGCCCGAUCUCAUGAUGGUUUCCGUUCAUUUUGUCAAUGAAGGAGCCGGGGCCAUGGUCCAGUUCCCUUCCUUUGCACAUGCCAAGAACGAUCAGGCAUACCAGUCCAUUGGUUGCGAUUGGCUCCACGAAAAUAAAAAUCCUCUUACGGGACGACCCUUUCUCACGCAAAAUCAAACCGCCCGCAAUUGUCAUCCCAAAGGAACGUGGGUAUCGUCUCGCGAAUUCAAUGCCAUGGAAACGCCCUUUUGUCGCGAUCAGGCAUUGCAUCCUCACGUGACACGAUUCUUUGGACCCGUCGUGGAUGACUUUUUCACCAAGGGGGCCUUUUCCAUCGAUCCAGAAGAAGACGACGACCUCUUUUUUUGGGUCAUGCACAUUGGACGGGCCAUUUUCGAUCGGUAUUCGGGAGAAUUUAUAGGGUGUGUGGCCGUCCAUGUAUUGAUCAAUCGAUGGACCGAACUCAUUGUCGAUACGUUGGCCGUACAAAACUACUCGAGUGGUGCGUUGGUGAAUAUGAAGGACGGCAUUGUGGUGGCGGGAGGAGAUUGGUCCUGGUACGAAUCCCGCACACCCGUGCAUGUCACGGACGUGAAGGAUGUCAUUGGGACACCGCAGUUUUACGAAGACUUGAAAGCGGGGAUUGAACGCAGUCGUCGCGAGCAUGCAAACAAGAAGAAAAAGCACAAGAAGAAGGAUGGCGAGAAAAAGGGGGCACCCAAGGAAAUUAUCGCCACGGCUGUGGUUGAAUGUACGUCCGGACGCGUCAUGUCGGCAUCGGCGUUGCCGGGGACCGACUUUAUCUACGUACAAGCGGUCACAGAGGAAGUCUUUGAUGUCAUUGAUCAGCUCAAGUACGACAUUGAUCAAGACGUUAUCUAUUCCACUUUGGUGGGGCUGCUCAUUGGAGGAAUCGGGAUGGUCGUGCUAUUGACCAUCGUUUGGAUCGAGUCACUCGUUGUCACGCGUCCACUCAAUUGGAUCCAAAAGAUUUCCUGGAGUAUCGUCAAUCACAAAGACUCCAAAGCGCGCCAGUCGUUGAGGAUUGACGAUCCCGAAGAAGUGUCCACCGACGGAUCAAAUUCGGCCGAUAAUAAAUCCGAUGACAUGAGUGUCCAAUCGGUCUCGUUUUCCUGGCUCAAGUGGACUCCUCAAACGGAAAUAUCCGAAUUGGUGAAGGAAUUCAAAAAGAUGAUUCGGGGCUUUUCGGGCGCUGGAAAGGCGUCCACGGUGGCCAAACCGACGACGCACGAAAUACGAAACCUCCUUGUUUGGCAGAGUGAUUUCCAACGCCUCUACAGCAUGGCCAAGGGGACGACGACGCCGAGUGCUGGCCAGCAGUCAGCAAGGUUCUCCAAUCUAACUCAGUUGUCGGAAGGCACGUUGAACCACAGUGUGGCCAAUCUAGACGUGGACAGCGAUUCCGACUCUGGUGACGAAGCAGCUCCACCCGCCGAAAACGAAGGGACGGCUAGUUCAAAUAAACAAGCCGAAGACGCCUCUUCGGAAGUAUCGGAUACCAACGACUGCUACCGAUCUCAAGAAAUGUCCAGGGCCACCGACCCAGACGAACCGGGAGUUUCCGCAAUUUCCGGCGAAGACUCGUCACGUGCGUCGUCUACUGAAUAUCUCUUCCGAUCCGCCAAAAGAGAGCCUGCAGGGUCACCCGAGAAGCCUUUGGCACUUCCCCAGCCUGCUCUGAAUGCGGACAAAUCUGGUACCACUGCUGCCACAACCAUAUCAUUCGUUUCACACGGCCCGCCGUCCAUCAACGGAUGGAAAAAUCAAGGACGGAAUCUGCACCCACAGCACAAGAAACAGCACGUUCACGACACGAGUGAGCCAUGCAUCCCAACCGACUCGCCGCUUUACCGAUGGAUAUUGAUUCUCUUUGUUGUCCCAAUGAUUGUGACCAACGCUAUCAUUGCCAUCACAGCGACAAGAAGAAUUGGUGUUGUACUUCCAAGAUGGAUUGAAGACGUUGAACAAGCUUCCUGGCGAAUUCAAUCAGAAAGCAUGAGCGUCUCUGCAAGGUUCGCAUCGAUUUAUGCAGAAGCCAUUUUGGCAACGCCUGUGAGAGAUCUUUUCGUAAUGAACAGAGUGGCUGGAUGGAUUUUCACGGACGCACUAGAUCUCGAAGCAGAUGGAUUCGUGGAAGUGACUUCAGGCUCGGAAGAGUGCAAGGAAUAUGAGUCGAGCUGCCCUUGGAAUUCCGGUGACAACUGGUUCAAGAAUGCUCCAUGCGAUUGUGCAUGGGAAGAACCAUCUGCAGAAGUCUGCUACGCGUUUGAUGAGGUCACGCCUCUUGAACAGAGAGGCACUCGAUGGAUGCAAAAGCUCUUCUAUUCUGGAAAGCGCCACGACGCCGACGAAAUGACGGGAACACGCGUUGCAAGUAGCUUCCCAAUGGUGGAUACAAGUGCGGCAAACACCUCGUGGUGGGAUGACCUUGCACAGUUACCGGGGGCGCACAAAGGAAGCAAGUCAUCUGGCUACGAGACUACGUACGACCGAGUACGAGGCCUCUCAGCACUCUCCAUCAUGAUUUUCCCAAUGUACAAUGCGAAGACUUCCCUGAAAUAUUCUGGCGAGCAUUACCUCUUUGGGGCCUUCUUGGGCUUUGAAGCAGACGGUAUGUUUGCGGGCUGGGACGGAUGCAAACAUUCGAGUCCAUAUUACCCCCAGUUCCAGUCCACAGAGGCGAAUCAAGCGUUUCGUUUGAACGCAUCCCUAUGCCCGGAAUCGUCGUGGGGAUACGAUGCACGGUGCCGAGGCUGGUACGUUACCGGGAAAGAGCUCGCACAGGCUGAAAAUGUGACUUCCCUCUACAUUGCGCCACCGUAUGAUUUCGCUGGAGUGCCCGUCGAACAGAAAGCCAGCAGCGUUACACAGGCUAUUGUGGACCCUCGUUCUGGCGAACACAUCGGUCAAAGUUUGGUUGACUUCCUUCACUUUGAAGUGCUGAACUUUUUGGCGCAACACGAAGAGGACUCUUUCCAUUUCGUGAUCACUCCAACAGAAGACGCCUUUGGGAGCGACACAGUAUUCGCUCACGGGCUGGGUAGUUUAAACGCAAGGGCUACAAUUGGCGACAUGGUUCUUCCAUACGAUGACGUCAACUCGACAAAUCGAAUGAGGUUUGACGAGAUUGUGGAUGACAUGAAGCAAGACAACUCUUGCUUCCAGAACUUCACCAGAACAACCAUUGAGACUGCCGAAGAUGGUACAGUGGUUGCUGGUGAGGAGAUGAUUUGGUUGGCGUAUAAUCCUGUGCAUGUCCGUGCGUUGGAUGCAGUGCAAUGCGAUGACUACGGUCGCGGGCUUCAUGUGUCUCAAUCUAUGGUCUAUGGUAUCGGAUUGGGCCGUACGAAGGAGUCCCUUGAAAGACCGUUUAUCGCGUUCAAGGAGGACGCCCAUGAGCCGUUAACUCGCAACGUUUGUGUGUAUCUUGCGAUGACAAUCCUUAUCUCGCUUUUGGCGACAUCGGUCGCUUGUCGGAUAUCCGUGGCGGUGUCGCGGCCGAUUGUAAACCUUCUCAGUGUUGUGAGGCAAAUCAAUGCCGGCAAGAUUGACGAGGAUAUUGCUCCUCUGUUCGGAGGUUCCAGAGAAGUGAACCAAGUUUACACGUCCUUUGCAAAACUCUACAAGAUCGUGCGUGUGUCAAACGGAGCCUUUUUCUCAAAAAAUCUGCACUGGGCCUGUCAUUUCGUCAGGGACGCCUUGAAGCUUUUCACAAAAAUUGAUGACAGGAAAGCCAUUGCGAUUGCAUCUGGCAAUCUGGGCAGUACACUGUUGGCAAUAAAUUGCAGUCGACCGCGGGAAGGCCGAUGUUCUUGUUUGGUUGUGGACUCAGUAUGCUGUGUCAAAGAGGCGUUUUUGCACUUUGAGAGAAGCGUCGGCAGUGGCACUGAGGAUUUUCAAACCGCGCCCGAUAUGUUCAUGAAGGUUGAAUUUGCGGAACAGCUGGCCGAUCGACUUUUCAACCGUGGCAUGUACUUCUUGCUCUCGAAGGAGGACCCUUGCGCCGGCGAUAACUUCGAGACACAAGGACUCGAAGAUUUGAUGAAGGUGCAAGCCUUGGACCUGGACGUGUUGGAGUACUGGAUUCACAACGGCAUGCUGAAGCAAAAAACCAGCAUUUUGUUUGACCGCUUGUUGCGUCGCCUGCACGGACUGUGUGUCUUGAUGGAGAAUGACAUUUCGCAGGAUAUCUGGGACCCCAAAUCGCUCGCUUACGAUUGUCACAGGUUGCUUACUGCUUCGUGGGAUCAGCCCGGAGAGCCCCUGUUUGAGGAGUUCACACAAAUUGGACGUCUGCAACAACUCGAGGGCGCGCUGAUCAAUAUGCAGCUCCAAAAGCACCAAGAAACUGACGCUGCGCGGAUUGCAAUGCGGAUGCUGGUGGAAGAUGAGUUUAUUGACGAUGGAGCCUUCCAGCAUGCUGCUGAUGCAGUGCUACAAUUCACGUCACAGGAGGUCCCAUCAGACUUAUCCUGGUCGCUGCUAUCCAAGGCUUCAGCGCAACGCGACAUUCGAGACAUGCUCAAGUCUUGCAAGCAAACAUGUGUUCGUACCCAAAAGUGCGUCUAUUUCUGUUUGGAGCUGUCCGAGGCACGGCAUCUGUCCAGCCCCGACUUGCGACAUCGUCUCUUGUCACUGUAUGAUUCGCACUGCAGAGACGAUGACUUUUUUGGGCUUGUGGCGUCCGACGGAAGGAAUCCAUUCAUGAGCGGAAACAACAUCAUCCAGCUUGACAUGGAAUGCAAGCAACAGCGACAAGGAGAGCAACGACGAGGAAUCGAAUCGGCACUGGACGCUCUAGGUCAGGAUCCCGUCUGGAAGUCGGCCCCAUCGGCUGCGAAGAUGUUGUCUUCCGCCGGCUCGGUCGAAUUCCGUUUCAAAGCACCUCCAUCCUGCAAAGCCUUGACGACCGCUCUGGAGAAGGUGGUUGCUUCGGAAGCCUCAUCAAUCUACGAUUCUUACAUUGUGUACGUGACUGAUGGCCCGAAAAGAAAUUGGGAUUGGAAGGUGCUGCAGUCUUUGAAGUCGAGGAUCGAAGAAAUUAAUGCCAAAAGAAAGGGUGACAUCCACCUGAUUCUGUUGGAUCUAGAAGAGCAACCAGAGGCAGCCCCAGAAGCGGAGCAUGGCAAGGCAACGACAGCCAGCGCAUGCCGCAGUCUCUGCAGAGUCUCAAGAGGUUCGGCAUACAUCAGGGCACCCUUGUCGGGUCUCGAAGAAGGCUUUGCGGCGCUCAAGUCAUCUUUGUCUAAUGCUUACCGUGGCACUGCGUGCAGCAACACUCUGUUGUCUAGCAUUACCAUGGAGAAGUUUUAGCGGUGGAUGGCAGCGAAUACACAGUUAAAUUGUAUUAUAGUAAAUAGUUGCAUACUAGUACUCCCAACACAUUCGUCG